UUGAUAUUUUACUCUUUGUGUUUUAUUCAUGAACUUCUUUGUUAAAUUUUCCUUAACUUAUUCAAAUAUUCAGAUACAUACAUACAACUUAGUUUUAUUUUUUGUAAAGUUUUUUUUUUUUUUGCUCGUGAUAUAAACAAACACCUCAAUUUUAUUGAAUAACGACUAUUUUUAAUAUUUAACUUUUUUAUUGUAAUGUUACUUUAUUCUUACACAUCUACGACUUUAUCGUCCGUGUUUAUUUUGACUCUAAUACAUUUACAUCACAAUAUCUAUUCUAAUAUGUUGCUGUUUUCCUCCCAGACUUCUGCCUUUAAGGCCACAGUCAGCUGUUGAGGCAGCGGUUCCAUCCCUCGUCUCCUCCCUCCGUUUCCCUCCCAUCACUCACCCAUCCAUCCAUCUUUCCGCCCCCGUCCCCCUCUCAUCUUCACACACGCACCGCGUCCUCCGGCACAAUGACCAACGACUCUCCGGAGGAGGAGAUGCGGGCUCCGUUCAGCGGCGGCGGCGGUGGCGGUGGCGGAGGAGGAGGAGGAGGAGGAGGACUAAGAGGAGGACGAGGCAUCACACAAAGGAACCGAACGGACGACAAUGUCACCAUCCUGACGUCCUCCAUGGAUCUCCACAGAGUCAGCAGGAGCCGAGCCAGCAGCAGCAACGAUUCCGCCCCGAGCCUCACCUCCUCCCUGGAGCUGAGCAUUCAGACUCGGAUCUUUAAGAUCAUCGUCAUCGGGGACUCCAACGUCGGCAAGACGUGCCUCACCUUCCGCUUCACCGGGGGGAGCUUCCCGCAAAAGACCGAGGCCACCAUCGGGGUGGAUUUCAGGGAGAAGGCGGUGGAGAUUGAAGGGGAGACCAUCAAGGUGCAGGUGUGGGACACAGCAGGUCAGGAACGCUUUCGCAAAUCCAUGGUGGAGCAUUACUAUCGCAACGUGCACGCCGUGGUCUUUGUGUACGAUGUCACCAAGAUGGAUUCCUUCCGUAACCUACAGACAUGGAUAGAGGAGUGUAACGGUCAUCGAGUCUCGGCUUCGGUGCCUCGAGUCCUAGUCGGGAACAAGUGUGACCUUGUGGACCAAAUACAGGUACCGUCCAAUACUGCACUGAAGUUCGCUGAUUCUCACAACAUGCUGCUGUUUGAGACGUCAGCCAAGGACCCCAGGGAGAGUCAGAACGUCGACUCAAUCUUCAUGUCUCUGGCGUGUCGUCUGAAGGCCCAGAAGUCCCUGCUCUACAGAGACGUGGAGAGAGAGGACGGGAAAGUGAGACUUGCACAAGAGACAGAAACCAAGAGCAGUUGUCCCUGUUGAGGACACUCUGGAGUGGAAGAUAAAAAAACUGUCCAGGUCCAGGUUAGAGUACAAAGCAAGAGUAAAGGGACAGUGAAGCCAUUAAAUGGAGUCGACAGCUUUUGAGUUAAAGGUAGAGGUGGGAGGUUUGGGACAUUACAUUAAUAGCAUUGUGAUUUUUGUACAAAAUAGCGCCGCAUGGUGGAGAGCAGUUACAAAUAUGAAUUGUGAAUGUGACUGAACUGCCACUCUGUAUGUUGAAGGUGAGAUCAGGAAGAAGAGAGGAGAGAACCUGAAGAAGAACACGGGGACGAAGGAGUGACGUAUUAACAAUUCAAAGUUGAGACAAUGUUGCCUUUCUGACUCCUGUGUAAUAAACAAUUGCCUUUGUCGUCAUUUGAAACACAAUCGGAGAAAUUCGGCUUCCUGUGCCACUCCAGUACAAACGU